UUCCUCUCAGUGACCUCCUUAGCGGAAGUUGAAAAUGAACGCGGAAAAAUAAUUGGCCAAAGUGAAACUCUGAUUGUGAUAAAAAAAUAUCCUUGAAGCUUCGACUUGCGAACUUGGGUCGUCAAUAUACUAUAUAAAAUACUCGCAACUGCGCUAUGGUUUUGCCAAAUUCUUGCAAUAAUUCAUUAGUAUUAUUCCAAGUCUCUAAUCAAAUUAAUCAUCCUUUCUGGUUUUGAAAGAGGCGGUAUCAAAGAUUUGGGGAGUUCUUGCCCAACAAGAAAAAAAAAAAAAACAGAGACGCAAAAAAAACAAAGGAUUUUACUCCCACCAUUUCAAUGGAAAAGUCUGUGUUGGCCUUCUCUGCUCAGGAUUUUACUCCCACCAUUUCAAUGGAAAAGAAGGGCAAGACAGCAAAACUUAUAGUACCAGCAGAAGCAGUUAAAGAAUCAUCAUCAGUUCCUCAACACCAACAAACGGUAGCCCAACUCCAGCCGUGGUCAGAACAGUUUAAUCCCUGGAAAAUAACAUUAGCUGGAGUAUUAGUGAUUAUGGGCAACAGCCUAAUUUUGCACUCUGCGGAAGUGACUACAGUAGUUCUAUUUUUAAUUUGUGCAUCGUGGUACCACUUCAUUUGCAAUUCCAAUUCCAGUACUGGGAGUGAUUUAUGCCCGGAAAGGUUUAAUCCCUGGAUAUUAACAUUAGCUGGAGUAUUAGUGAUUAUGGGUAACAGGCUAAUUUUGCACUCUGCAAAAUUGCCUGCAGUAGUUCUGUUUUUAAUUUGUGUAUCGUGGUACCACUCCAAUUGCAAUUCCAAUUCCAAUUCCGAUAUUGGGAGUGAUUUAUGCCCGAAAAGGUUUAAUCCCUGGAUAAUAACAUUAGCUGGAAUAUUAGUGAUUAUGGGUAACAGGCUAACUUUGCACUCUACAGAAGUGACUGCUGUGGUUCUGUUUUUAAUUUGUGCAUCGUGGUACCACUUCAUUUGCAAUUCCAAUUCCAGUAUUGGGAGUGAUUUAUGCCCAGAAAGGUUUAAUCCCUGGAUAAUAACAUUAGCCGGUGUAUUAGUGAUUAUGGGUAACAGACUAAUUUUACACUCUGCAGCAGUGACUGCAGUAGUUCUGUUUUUAAUUUGUGCAUCAUGGUACCACUUCAUUGGCAAUUCCAAUUCCAAUAUUGGGAGUGAUUUAUGCCCGGAAAGGUUUAAUCCCUGGAUAACAACAUUAGCUGGAGUAUUAGUGAUUAUGGGUAACAGGCUAAUUUUGCACUCUGCAGAAGUGACUGCAGUAGUUCUGUUUUUAAUUUGUGUAUCUUGGUACCGCUUCAUUUGCAAUUCCAAUUCUAGUAUUGAGAGUGAUUUAUGCUCGGAAAGGUUUAAUCCCUGGAUGAUAACAUUAGCUGGAGUAUUAGUGAUUAUGGGUAACAUGCUAAUUUUGCACUCUACAACAGUGACUGCAGCAGUUCUCUAUUUAAUUUGUGCAUGGUGGUACCACCUAAUUUGCAAUUCCAAUUCCAAUUCCAGUAUUGGGAGUGAUUUAUGCCGGGAAAGGGAAGGACAAUAUACUGAAACUAGCCACUCAUCCAAGGAGCAUGACUAUGAUUUGAAAGAAUAUAAAAAAAGGUUCACCUGCGAUGGAUGCAAGGAGGAAGGUUAUGGACCAAGAUACAGAUGUACAAAUUCUGACUAUGAGUUACAUGAGGAAUGCCAUACCAAGUCUUCAGAACUCAAAAUUUCCCAUGAAUUUCUCAAAGAAUCCAGUACUCUCAAAUUCUACGAAAAACAGAAGCAACCAAGAUGUUGCAUUGCCUGUGGGAGAGACAUAUGUGGCUAUGUCUACAGCGACGAAGUGAAGGGAUGUAACUUUCACCCUUGUUGUACCAAACUCAAACCUGAAUUCACUAAUAACGAAGUGAUAUUCAGACUUUGUCCCAAGGCGUCAUCAAAGUGCAUGUGGUGUAUCAAGAAAGGCCAGAAAACCCGCGUUUCAGGCUGGUCUUACAUUUCUGCUUGUAAGAAGUAUCGCUUUCACGUAUACUGUGUGCCUGAAAUGAUGCACGAGGCAUGGAAGAAAGGGUAUUCCAUGACACUAGAGAAGAUGGAUCUAUCACUCCUAGAUGCCCGACGUUCCAACAGGGAUGGUGACCCAAAUUUUUUUAAGGAAACAGUGAAGAUAGUUGGUAUGCUUAUCGGGGCGGCGGUCGAUCCAUCGGGGAUUACUGCAGGUCUGGUUCCAAUUGCGGUGGAACUCUUAUCAGGUGUCAACUUUCGAAAAAAAAAAAAAAAACUCCUCUCAGGUGUGGUUCCAAUUGGGGUGGACUACUUCUCCAACAUUUUUACAUCUUGGAUUGGUUUCUUAAAAUAAUGAUUUGUGUUUUGGUAAUGUAGUCUAUUACGUGCAGCCUUCUGAUUUGUAUGUAUUAUUAUUGUACUUUUUGCUUUAUUCCAUCUGCGGUUAAUUGUCAUGCUUCAUCAUUUAUAUGUUUUUUGGAUGACGUACUAUUUUCAUA